GCCAGGGGAACAUCUGGGCAGCAGUGGUGUAACAUCUGGGUGACAGCAGCGGCACAUCCCACAGCAGCCACAGCCAGGAGGGACCCCAAAGCUCAACCAGGGCAGUGACGCCAGCAGCUCAGCCAGCCUUGGCGCAAGCCUCAAGGGGGAAAGCAGGAGGACGGAGCUUCAAGAAGGCAGGAGGCUACACGGAAGCAGGCUGUGGUCCUGUCUGCCGAGGGACAGCUGAACUGAUGCUGCUGGUACUGUAGCCCUCCAUUUUGGAGGACUCUUCAAUUUCAGUACUUUCUGUCCCACAGGGCACAGCCCCCCAGUGCCGGAGCUGAGCGCACAGGACACCUGGGCCCAUCCGCAGGGCAAAGGAAAGGUUAUUGUGUAGUAGAAAACCAUGGGCAAUUUCAAAGGUCAUGCCCUCCCUGGAAGCUUUUUCCUUCUUUUUGGCUUGUGGUGGUCAGUGAAGUAUCCACUGAAGUAUGUCUGUCGAAAAAACAAGAGUGCUUGCUACCUUGGUUCUAGGGCAGGAUUUCAGCGCCUGGAAUUUGUUGAGGGGAUCAUCAAAGCUGUCUUUGCCCUGAUUGGAAUGGUGGCUGAGCAGUUCGUUCCUGAUGGACCUCAUCUGAAGUUGUAUAAUUACAAGGAAAAACACUGGGAUCACUUGAUGAACUGGCAGCAUGCCACCAUGUAUCUCUUUUACGGCAUUUCAGGAUUGGUUGACAUUGUGGCUCAUGGGACAAAUGCGUUGCCAGUGGCCAUGGACAGAAUGAUGCUUUCGUUAGCAGUUUUUAUUGAAGGCUUUCUCUUCUGUUACCACCUUCACGGGAGAGCCAUGCUGGAUAUUCAUGUUCAUCAGUUAUUGUUAUUUGCUAUCUUUGGAGCUGCUGUUUGCAUAUUUCUAGAAGUUUUCUUCCGUGGCAGCAUUGUACUAGAGAUGCUCCGUACAAGCCUCUGUAUAUUACAAGGCAGCUGGUUUUGGCAGAUUGGCUUUGUUCUUUAUCCUCCAAAUGGGAGCCCAGAGUGGAAUCAAAUGGAUCAUACUAAUAUGAUGUUCCUGACAAUGUGCUAUUGCUGGCAUUAUGCUUUUGCUUUUCUUAUCCUUGCAGUGAAUUAUACAAUCGUCAGCUGGGCAGUUCGUUCAAAGAUCAAACAGUCCCAAACUAUGGAGAUGGGAUUACUGAAAACAUCUGAACGAGAUCAGGAGUCCGAAGAUGAAAUUUAGUAUGAAUGGGGCUUUACUAGUUUGCCCACUCUACUAUUAGACUAAUUGUUACCUCAUUUUUAGACUUGUUUACCAUUUUAUUCAUCCUUUUUACAACUUGCUCUGCAAAUAUCAUCCUAUGGAGUACUGUAUACAUCUGCACAGUUAGAUUUUUAUUUGCAGAGGGUAAGCUUGAUGUGUGAUGCUUCCAGUAAUGCCUUGCUUAUCACAUAUGUCCAUGGAAAAAAUACUAAUAUUAGACAAACUUGGACUGGAUGAAGUGACAUUACUAAGUCUGUAAGUUAGACUCAUUAACAGCUAAGCAAAGUGUUUUUCUUCUGCUUUUUAAGGAACUAAUAAGAUGAACUAGUUAAGAUGUCCAAAUAAGUGCUUUUGCUGAACUGCAAGUCAUUGGGCAUAAAUAACUGUGCAGACCUUGAAAACAACAGAACAACAUAAAAAGUGAUAGUCUUACAGCUGCCUUGUCCAAUACAUUUGUGUCUUUGCUUGUAGAUUUAUGUUAAAUGGAAAGAACUGCUCACUGCAGAUCUCUUCAGCAUUUCUUUGAAGAAUAUGUAGUUUGGUUAUGCUCGUAUAGACACUACCAAACUUCUAUAGGAGGACCAAAGAGAUGUAUAAUAAUUAAAAAUGACUGGAAUUACUCAUAAUAUGGCUAGAUAUUCCUGCCACUUUCCUAUCAUUUGUCUUUGAAAGGCAGUGAAUUUGCUCUACUUGCCCCAGGUAUACUGAGCAACUUCUUUCCUAGAAAAGCUGAUGUGGUCCAGGAGGGCAGCAUCUGACCACAAAGGCAGUUUCUUUAGCAAUGUAAUUUCCUUUCCUUCAGUGAAAUUUAGUGGAAUUCAGCAGAGUUCAGGGAGACACAUGACCAGACCAGCACAUAAUCAGGAGCAGGGAAUGCUGAACCAGAUUUAAUGGUGGAUGAGAAGGAUUUGCACCCUUUCCCCAAACCCUCUCUAGCAAAUUUUAAGCAAUAUGCAUAACGAGCUGUGUGAGGGCAGAUGUUUCAUUUAUAGUAACUCCAUGCAGUAGGGUCUGGAUUAAAAACAAACAAAAAAAAAAGAUUGUUUUUAAAUUAUGUUUGUUUUUUUCAAACGGACAAACUGAAAUCCUGAUUCUGUAAGAAACAGAGUGCCCUCCUCCCCUGCAUUCAGUGUCACUAGGAUGUGCUCCAAUCUGAACAGCACAAAAAAACAAAGUCAAUGAUACGUGGCAGAAGACAUUAGAAAGUUAUGUACAUAAGCACACUGCCCCCACGGGGUGGACAUUUGAAGUAUAGCUCUAGCUCUAAAUGAGUCUUUCAAAAGACAUGCAUUAGCAUGUGGACAGGAAAGAGCAUCUGUUGUUCAGCAAUAUGCACACUCUGUUUUCCAGAGGACGGAGUGCAGAAGAAAUGCUGAUGGCAGUGGGCCACUUUGUAUAUGCAUCAGUAGUGAGAUGGUUAGGCUGGAAAAGUAGCUCCCUCUGUUCAGAACACCUCCUGUAAAAAGCUUGUUUUCUUCUAACUACUUUUGCAAAUGCACCGGUAGGUACAGGACAAUAAAUUCUGUACAAAUACUACCAGUUCAUCAGGUUUGAUACUACAGAAGUGUAUUUUUUUCACUAUUCUAAUAUCUGUAUAUACUCCUAAAGGAAUGCAGAACUAGACCCUGGUGAAUGAACAAGAGUUGCAGGAUCUAGUCCCUUCAUUUUUGAGCUUCAUCUGUAUUUUUUCAGUGUAAACCAGAGAAAUGAGUAGCAUAAACUUACUAACUGCAGUAAGCCUAUUGCUUAAGAAGAUAAGCACAGAAAAUAAUUUAUAGCUCAAAGGGAUCUCAAGACUUAGAAAAAAAAAAUCAAGACUGUUUCACCUUGAAAGGAAUGUAAAUAUUCACCUCAUUUCUAGGACCCACAUACUUUUCUUCUCUUUUUUAAAGAGAACCUCCCUUAGCUAUAUGUGCUGUUAAUGCUUAAGUUUUAGAAUGUUCAGGUUUAUCACUGCCUUUCUAAAGUAACUGAGGUUGUUUAUUCUGAAGUAGAUCUUAAGAAAAUACUUGGCUCCUCAUACAGAAACAAUGCAAGUUUCUCCACUGCUUUUCUGAAUAAAUAUAUUUAAUACUGUACAAGUAUUAAGGUGCUCUAUCCUGAGACUAAAGGGAUAAUCCAAGCAGGAGAAAAAUAUAUUAAAGUGUCUGAGAUUUGAUGUCUUCUUAGAAGACUUCAGUUGGUCAUUUUUGAAAAUACCUUCGAUUUUGCUAAGUGUCAUGAAAUGGUACGUGGAACUAGAUGUGAGAUUAUCUAGAUGAGCUUAAUUCUGAAGGUGAGAGUAGUCGACUCCCAGACAUUUCUUUGUUUAGAAAUGUAUAAUGGGAAACUGCAGAUGCAUAGCCAAGGAAAGAUCACCAUUUCUCUCAAUAGUUGUCUGCUUUUCUUUAGUGUCUUUCUCUGAAAGGUCUUGGAGAUUUUGGCAAACUUACACAAAAUCUGUCUCAGGGCAGUCUUGUGAGCUAAGUAUGAGUAUUUUUGCAGCUCUGCAUCUUGGCUUUACAGUGGUCUUAAUGUAAGCUCUGAAAUAAAUAAUACCUACUUCACUUGGCAAAUCUAAGACUUGAGUUUCACUGGUACAGUUCCAUUAAAUCCAGUUUUCUGUUAGCAUAUCAGAAGAAAUAUUCUCUGGUUUUCUGAAGAGCUUGUGUGUUAAUAGUAGCAGGGAUAUAUUGGCCAAAAGCAGUGUGUCAUUACAGCCAACUACAAUCUUAUAUUUGAGUAUAAUUCGUUGUUCUAUAUCACUAUUGUCUAUAAGCUUUUUUUUAAAGGGCAGAAUUUUUUACCCGUGAGAAUACUUGAGAUGUAGAACUUUUGCUAUGCUGUGAAGUGAAGAAGAUAGUUAUGUGUCUAAUAGAAGUUGAGGAUUAUUACAAAAGUUUAUUUCGAUAAACCAAAAUCAAUUGACAAAGUGAACCCCAUGGAUAUGUUAAACAUUUUAAUAACUUGACUGAGCUGUGAAUUCGGAAGGUGUUUACCAAAUUCUCAUUCUGAAAAACCUGCUUUUUUAGAAACAAAAAGUUCCAAUACCAGAACUCGAUGGCCAGAAAAGAGGUGACCUGCCAGUGUUUCUCCUGUGACCUUCUGAGCCUUCCAAUUCUGACUCUCACUUGGGCAUUAUUCCAGCAGUGGUUGUAAGUCUGUUUUUUGUUGUGAGAGAAUUUGAUUAGGAUUCAGCCUAUUGAGCGGUAUCGUCUGCAUCUCCUUAUAUCCCCUUUUGGGGAAUCUCCAGCAGAUUGUCAGAGAACUGGAAAAAUAAGCCUACUACACUCACUUUGCUGGCUGAGGUACAACCAUGCAUAGCAAAGACACUUAUAAAGAACUCCAAUGAUGAAGCUAAUACAGUUUGUGGAAAAGAACUCUAGGAUAUACUUCUUAAAAGAAGUAACUGUUCAUAUAAGAGCAGGUGUCAUUGUAUUCUUAAAUUGAAGAAAUGCAGGUCAAAACAGAUCCUGAAGUCUUAUGGAAACAGUAGUCUCUUGGAUUUAACUUUUAAUGUUUACACUACAUGUAGAGUGAAAGUUAAAGUGAAUUUCUCAGCCUAAUAUAUUUUCGGUAGCACAAAAUAAAGAAACAAUUCAUUUAAGGAGUGGUCAUUUGUUAAGCAGAACAUCUGAUCCAUUUUUUUUAAACAUUGUUCAAAAGAGAUGUCCAGAACACUAAGGUAGCUAUUAUGGUUAAAAAGGUAUGACCUUUCUGGUUCCACUAGCAACAGAUUUUGUUUGAAUUUCAUGAGUGGAUGGAAGUCUAAUGAGUUUACAAACACCACUCAGAGAAAGGUAGCUGCUCUCAAGAAAAUUUAAAUUAUUGUUAAAUAUUGGUGCCUUUUAAAAAACUAUAUGGUAGUUAAUAAUAGAAAAGAUAUGCCUGUAACUUUAUUUAAAUAAAAAUGAUUUAUUCAUCUAA